UGAGGUCAGGCGUCAGGUGGAGAGCCCUAGGAGACAAGGCCGACUUCCACCCUGACUUGGCUGAAUAGGAGGAGCGUUGCUUUAGAAGCUAAGGAGAAAGCAUAGGAAACCUGAGGACAUUUAUUGAGUUCUCACUCUGGUAUGUGAGAGGCAGGCGCAAGAAGCCCCACUUUCCUGAAUGUUAGGGUACUUUCCUCUCCGUUUCCACUGCUUAACCAGAGUACGUCUUGUGUGCAGGUGGUGUGGAUAAAAGGACACGGUCAUAAGAGAAUUGUAGUGUUAAAAAAUGACAUGAAAAGACUCAGCCAGAUGGAGCAGGAGCUUCUGCACUUGGCCAACAGCUCCCCUGUUGACCUCCUCUGUACUCCUGUUCCUUCAUGCCUGCCAUCCCCUCAGCUAAGACCAGAUCCUGUCAUCCUGCAGCCCACUGAUCUCAUUCAGUUUGAGGAACACCCUCAGGAGCCUUUGGGAGCUUUAUUUUUAAACCAAGAAGAAAAAACAGAAAUUCCAAUACCAGUAAGGAAGGGGAACCUGUCCUGUGACUCCUCACCCAGUAGCCCAGCAUCUGCUUCUGCUCCUCCCAAACCCUCCUCAGAAGCCCCUAGGCCACUGAUCAGCAAGGAUGCAGUGGAGAGCCCAGCAAAAAAGCAGCCCAAAAUUAGAGUCAAAUUGGCAGCCAGUUUUUCAUUUGCACCUAUGACCAAGCUCUAACUCCUAUUUUGAAGACAGAAUUAAAUUAGGAUGGGGU